AUGAGUUCUGCUACAUACACCAGGUGUGAUGAGAAUGACAUCUGCACUGGCAAGCCCAAGCCAUUGACAGUGCCACGUGCAACUUACAACAAUGCACAAAAGAUGCGAGCAGCAAUCAGCCACAAGUUUGGACGAGACCAUGGACUUGGCACCCAACCAUGGAUGGAGAAUCCUGCAUAUCCUGGAAGGUUUAUUGGUAAUCCCUCUCUGUCAGUUGUAGUGUCACAGUAUAUGAUCAGCCUUCGGUGUCGUAAAGUUCAUGCGGGUGAAACUGUGAUCAGUGCCCGUGCUAUAGAUGAGCCCACCUUGAAGGCACUGUGGGUGUUCAAUUGUGCUGCUGAGCGCAAUGAGCACAUGCGGAUAUCAAGGAAGAGGAAGGCUGAGCAUCCAGAGGACUGGGGUGGGUUCCUCAUGCGGAUGAUGCUUUAUCUCCUUUAUCUGGUAUCAUUCCUCUGCCUCCUUCAUUUUGAUGAAGCUCUUCAGAUUACUUGGUCCGACAUCACUUUCCAGGUCAAGGAUGCUGUGCUCAAAAACCAGUGGAUUGAUGCCACUCCUGACCUCCUUUGCCAAGGGGGAUUCAGGUCUACUGACUUCCGUGUCCAUCUGAUGCUGCCUUUUCGAAAGACACAUCAACAGGGUGGUGAGUCACAGUGGUUUGACUUUGAUUUUAUAUUUUAA